CUACCGGAUACUGGAUUCCAGCUGAUGUACUUCUCCUUACUUAUCAAAGAGACAAUAAAUACGCACACAAUUUGCAAAUAUUUUGGCAGCCCGAGUAUUUUGUUCAAUUCGAUAAUCAAUCAACUGCUGGGCGCACAUGGCUCAAAGCGGGAUGGUGAUGCGAGAAAUGAAGGUUGGGAAACUCAAAAGGAGCACAUGUUAAAAAACAGAAUAUACUUUUGCAGCAAAAGUUUUGCUGAAAGUAUUUCUGAUUAUUUGCAAAAUUUUCCUGUAGUUUUCCUAUAUUUUAAACUACUUGACUUUUCUAAAGACUUGACUGAUAAGAACUGUUACAUGAGUGGGGAAAGAGGCAGGAAGCGAAGUUCCGAUAAGAAGAUGCCGUCCAAAUUAGGAAUUUCGGCUUGCCUAGUAAGAAAUAAUGAUGACCUUGUUGAGGACGAGGUUGAGGAGGAGGUCAUACCUGACCCCAUGGUGGAGAAGGGUUCCAAAUUGAAACCAAACAAGAAUGGGGCGUCGGAAAAACCAAAAUGCGUUUGGUACGAUCCAGAUGACGAUCAAUUAGACGAGGAAGGGGUGAAGAACAGAAGGACCAAGUUGGAAGCAAGAAGAGGUGAAUUGUAUCAAAGCAGACUCAUCCAGAAUUUUGAAAUGGUGUAUGGACCAACCCCAAAAUGGGCGAGACUUGACACGAACACAAAGAAAAGUGUCGGCACGAAGGCUGACGAAGAUGAAAAAAUGGACUUUGUCGAUUCAAUGCAACUCUUGUCUUUGGGGAAAUUGGAAGUUGUUCGAGUAGAAAAUCUUAACUCUAAGAGAAACGAAGGAGCAAUUAUCCAAAGUGUGGAUUUUCACCCGGAAAGCCCUGUCGGACUUGCGGCUGGAAAUUCGUGCGUGUCGUUAUAUCAGGUGGAUGGUAGUACAAACCCACUCAUACAAUCCAUCGCAUUUGAUGAUUUCCCCAUAAGGAAAGCACAGUUUUGCUGCAAAGGAGAGGAAAUAUAUGUAUCGUCUGGACUAAAGGAUCACUUUUACUGUUAUGACAUGCAUUCUGGAAAUACGCGUCAAGUAAAACCAACCCAUGCUACGAGACAUGAAACAAUCAGGAAUUUGGUACCUUCUCCGGAUAAUAAGUAUCUGAUAUCUGUGGGUCGAGACACGAUAUAUAUGCUUUCCAAAUCUUCCAAAGAACUGAUUCAUAUGUGGUCUGUGAACAGUGAAAUUAAAGGUGUAUCCUUCAGCCCUGAUGGACGGCAAAUUUUUGUCCAAGAAUGCACUGGAGGAAUAUACAGAUGGAACGUAAAUAGUCGAUCGUGCAUUGAAAAGUUUACGGGAAAAUCAGAUUUCGAUGGGACGUGUUUAGCAACAUCUUCCAAGUACAUUGCUUGCGGUUCUUCAAGCGGAUAUGUCAGCAUUUUUGAAAAUCGGACUGAAAAAAAGCCCCGAAAUGAGAUUGUGCCCUGUCUCUACAAAGAACCUCUGGGUGAGUUGAAGAAUUUGGUCACGUCAAUCUCCUCGCUGAAGAUUAAUUGCUCCGAAGAGAUUCUUGCAAUGGCCUCGGUAGAAAAGGAUAACGCUCUUCGCCUGGUGCAUCUACCCACUCGAAAAACAUUUGCCCAUUUUCCAGCAACCAAUGCAAAUUAUGGACGAUGCAAUUCCGUGGCGUUUUCACCAAACAGCGGUUAUAUUGCGACGGGAAGUAACCGAGGUUGUGCUUAUCUGUUUCGAUUAAAGCAUUAUAGCGAUUAUUAAAUUAUCCUUUUUUUGUCUUCCGUUUUAUGAAAAUUGUAUAUUUCUAACUUACAAUGCGAUGGUGUGAAAUGUAGCCCUCCGAUUUGGUUGAAAUUUUGAAAUUAUGUACUCCAUGUCAAUACAACCAAAGUUUCUUCAGGCAGUUUGUGCGAUGGUCAGAGUUUGCCAAAAUAUUUGAGGUCAAAGUUAUAAAAUAUGCGAUUUUUAGCACAGGAAGGAAAUUGAAGUUGUGUUUACCUCCUCCGCCUGGUAAAAAUCGUCCGUUUUUCAACGUUGCCCUCAAAUAUUUUGGCAAAUUCUGACUAUCGUACAAACUGCCUGGAGAAACGUUGGUUGUAUUGACAUGGACCAUGUAAUUUCAAAAUUUCAACCAAAUCGGAGGGUUACACUUCACACCAUCGCAUUGUUAGAGUAUCGACGCUUAAAGUUCAUAUAAUAAAUGUUGUACCGGAAA